AGCUGUGCAUUCAUUUAGAAAAGAUCGACAAAAUGGGUUCCAAAGUAAUGCAUCUCGCUAAAGAUCCCCAGUCAAGUUUUGCCUCACGUGCCGCUUAUCCAGUUGGAAUGCAUUAUUCAGAAGUGUGCAGCUCUUCAUAGUGGAUCUGUGGAGCGCGUGCACAGGUGAAGAUUCCACAGGUUAAACAGCAUCAUGAUGCCGACGGACCGAACGCGCUCCUCGGUCUCUCCUGUUUAGGAUUCAUAAAUGUCAGAAACGUUAAUGGGACAUAUCAUAGAUAACCCCCGUGGCCAAAAUGAGCGUCUAUUCUCACCUAUGGCGGAUUCUGCAGAUAUUAUUGCCAACGAUAAUCACGGCUGUCACUCAAGAGCUGGACAGUCAGGAGAUCUCGGAUGCCACCAAAUCCUCCACCCCAUAUCCGUUGUUCCUUCCGGUAACUUAUCAGGUAUGGGAUGCUGAAUACUUCCUACUAAAAGAAGCUGGACAGGACAUCAUGCGCAAUUCCAGCAUGCAGAGCCACACGCAGCCAUUUGUCAUGCUCCGAGCGGGACGUCUCCCAGUCAUCAAUGCCAGCUACGGCCCACUCUCAACCAAACAGGAGAUCCCCCUGGACUUAGUGCAGUCAGUGCAGUUAUUCCGGUCCUCACCACCAGUUUUCACCAUCAACUGGAGAGUCCAAGCCUUCGUUCUGACCCGGUGGGUCCAUUCGUCUUCUCCCAAAGUGCGAGUCCUGUUCUAUGUGGCUGGGAGAGACUGGACAGAGGAGAGAAGGAGAAAGGAACAAAAGAUGAGCUGCCGGCAGCUCCAGUCGGGAAAGACAAGGGCCAACCCAGGGGAACCCAGUGGAGCUUUAUUACCAGGCCCGUCCCAGUGCUUACGGCCCGUGCACAGCCAGUGGGGAGGAGGGCAAGAGGUGGGAUUUGGGCAGUGGAAAUGCCGGCAGCCUCAGGCUGAGUACAUGCCCGUGACCCCCAUGCAGAGAAUCGGGAGUGUUCGGCUCCUGCAAGUCAAACAAGGGGCCAUGCCAGUGUCUGUGCUCAGACUGAGAGAGUCUGUGGUCAUCCAGACCUCCUCUAAACCCCUUAAAAAGACUGAUAUCGCUUCCUUUUAUGUCUAUGUGAAGAGCUCAGCCAACCUGGACACUUUCUCUCUCAGAGCCAUGGUAAAAAAAGGGGUGUCCUUCCGUAGUGCCACACCGACCAACACGCUACUAUGGGACAUCACCCUGGACACAGGCCCAGAUGGAAGUGUUGGAGUAAUCUGUCAGAGAAAGCCAACUGCAAAUGUGAAAAGAUUAAGCAAACUCCUAGCAGUUCUUCAGAUGGAUUUUGAAGUGGAGGAUGUCAGCAGCCAGUCAGAGAUUCAGGUGAUUAAGUGGGAGUUGACUCUUCCUGAUGAGGUCAAAAUGAUGGGGGCGUCUGAAGGCACCAUGAGGAUCUAUACCACUCAGAGGGACUUUGUAGGCCUGGCUCCUCUAGUUAUGGACACAGAGCUGUUGAACACUGCCGUGCUGACGGGUAAGAGGGUUACGGUGGCUGUGCGAACCAUUGCUGUUGAACAGGAUGGUUCUGUUACGGAUGUCUCGGACUUUGCUGACUGCAGCUCCACAGAUGAAAAUGUUCUAAAGGUGUCUGACAGAUGCGACUUUGUCUACGUGAAUGGGAAAGAAACCCAGGGGCGAGUGAGGAUGCUGGUGAACUUCACCUACAGUUACCUGAGCACUCAGCUGGAGAUGAAGGUUUGGUUCCCUCGUCUGCCACUGGAUAUAGAGGUGUCUGAUCCAGAGCUGAGUCAGAUCAAGAGCUGGAGGAUCCCUAUCAUGUCCACCAAGAGGUACAAAAACACAAUGACAGCGUUCUAA